AAAAAGAGUGUGGUAUGCCGGCCAGAGCUGUGGAUCGUGUGGGAUCGAGCCGCUAAGAAGGCCUGAGGGGUGUGUGUCUGGUAAAACUCAGGAGGAGCCAUCUUCAUCAUGACCGCUGUCCAUCGUCUGGUGAUCGUCCGUCAUGGAGAAAGUGCGUGGAACCAGGAGAACCGCUUCUGUGGCUGGUUUGAUGCCGACCUGAGUGAGAAGGGAAUGGAGGAGGCCAAGCGAGGAGCCCAAGCCAUCAAAGAGGCUGGCUUCAAGUUCGACGUGUGCUACACGUCUGUGCUGAAGCGAGCCAUCAAGACCCUGUGGACCAUCAUGGAGGGCACGGACCAGAUGUGGCUGCCUGUGAUUCGCACGUGGCGCCUGAAUGAACGCCACUACGGAGGCCUCACCGGACUCAACAAGGCAGAGACGGCCGAGAAGCACGGGGAGGAGCAGGUGAAGAUCUGGCGUCGCUCCUUCGACAUCCCACCUCCACCUAUGGACAAGGACCACUCUUAUCACAAGAUCAUCAGUGAGUCUCGGCGCUACAAGGACCUGAAGCCUGGGGAGUUGCCCACUUGUGAGUCACUGAAAGACACAAUUGCCCGCGCCCUGCCUUUCUGGAACGAUGUCAUUGCCCCCCAAAUCAAAGCUGGGAAAAACGUCAUCAUCGCCGCUCAUGGCAACAGCCUUCGUGGCAUCGUCAAGCACUUAGAGGGUAUGUCUGAUGCAGCCAUCAUGGAGCUGAAUCUCCCCACUGGAAUCCCGAUCGUGUAUGAGCUGGACGCCGACCUGAAGCCGGUGAAGCCCAUGUCUUUCCUGGGCGAUGAGGAAACUGUGAAGAAGGCUAUGGAGGCUGUGGCUGCCCAGGGAAAGGCCAAGAAGUAAGCUUCCCCUGAAGCUCCAGAAGGCAAAAAAAAAAAAAAAAAAAUCCAAAAAAGGGACUUUUCCGCUGUCUUUCGACUUGUUUUUCUUUUAUCUGUUAAAGUAAAUUUUCAUUCCAACUUUGGGAAAUGUUUUAGUUUGCCUGGUUGACACAAAAUAAAAGCCUGGUCAAUCCACGCAGACACUAACCCCCUCUAAUGUUUUGAUUAAACUCUAUCACCCCUCUGGCAAACCCAAAUAAAAAAAGUGAUUUGUUUUUA